CGUUUCAGUGAAUACUCGGCUGACGGUUCGGUAGGCGAGUGGAGUUGAAAACAGUUCGUAAAUAUGGCUCUCCCUUAUGCUCGUAUUGCUUCUUCUGUAGCUAGGCAGCUUCCGAGGACAUCUAUUCAGGUGUCUAAGGUGCUGCCAGCUGUCAGUGUUGCUCCUCGCUGGAUCUCCACAAGUCAUGCAGCUUCAAAGGCUGCCUCCACAUCUGCUGAAACCUCCACAAUCUUGGAGGAGCGUAUUCUUGGUGCUGCCCCAAAGACUGACUUGGAAGAGACAGGCCGCGUGCUGAGCAUUGGUGAUGGUAUUGCUCGUGUCUAUGGCCUGAAAAAUAUCCAGGCUGAGGAGAUGGUGGAGUUCUCUUCUGGACUCAAGGGUAUGGCUUUGAACUUGGAACCUGACAAUGUUGGUGUUGUCGUGUUUGGAAAUGACAAACUUAUCCGCGAGGGUGACAUCGUGAAGCGUACCGGGGCUAUUGUGGACGUGCCUGUUGGUGAGCAGAUCCUGGGCCGUGUUGUUGAUGCUCUAGGCAACCCCAUUGAUGGCAAAGGUCCCAUUGAGGGCAAGAGGGCCCGCGUGGGCACCAAGGCCCCUGGCAUCAUCCCCCGCAUCUCCGUGCGGGAGCCCAUGCAGACGGGCAUCAAGGCCGUCGACUCUCUCGUGCCCAUCGGGCGUGGGCAGCGUGAGCUCAUCAUCGGUGACAGGCAGACUGGUAAGACCGCCAUUGCCAUCGACACCAUCAUCAACCAGAAGCGCUUCAACGACGCCCAGGACGAGAAGAAGAAGCUGUACUGCAUCUACGUCGCUGUGGGCCAGAAGAGGUCCACCGUCGCUCAGAUCCUCAAGAGGCUCACUGAUGCUGAUGCCAUCAAGUACACGAUCAUCGUGUCUGCGACGGCUUCGGAUGCCGCUCCCCUGCAGUACCUCGCCCCGUACUCAGGCUGCGCCAUGGGCGAAUACUUCCGUGACAACGGCAAGCACGCGCUCAUCAUCUACGACGAUCUCUCCAAGCAGGCCGUCGCUUACAGGCAGAUGUCGCUGCUGCUGCGUCGUCCACCCGGUCGCGAGGCCUACCCCGGCGAUGUGUUCUACCUUCAUUCCCGUCUCCUGGAGCGCGCUGCUAAAAUGAACGAGGCCCACGGCGGCGGUUCCCUGACGGCCCUUCCUGUUAUCGAGACCCAAGCCGGUGAUGUGUCUGCUUACAUCCCCACCAACGUCAUCUCCAUCACUGACGGCCAGAUCUUCUUGGAGACUGAGCUCUUCUACAAGGGUAUCCGCCCCGCCAUCAACGUCGGUCUGUCCGUGUCCCGUGUCGGCUCCGCUGCCCAGACCAAGGCCAUGAAGCAGGUGGCAGGUUCAAUGAAACUGGAGUUGGCCCAAUACCGCGAGGUGGCUGCCUUCGCUCAGUUUGGUUCUGACUUGGACGCUUCCACGCAGCAGCUGCUGAGCCGUGGUGUUCGUCUUACCGAGCUUCUGAAGCAGGGACAGUACGUGCCCAUGGCCAUCGAAGAGCAGGUGCCCAUCAUCUACUGCGGCGUGCGCGGUCACAUCGACAAGGUUGACCCCAACAAGAUCACCAAGUUCGAGAAGGAGUUCACGGCGCACAUCAAGGCCAGCCACUCUGACAUCUUGGCCAGCAUUGCCAAGGAGGGUCUCAUCACUCCCGAAACUGACGCCAAGCUUAAGAAGGUCGUCCAGGACUUUGUUGCUUCAUUCCAAGGAUAAAUCACCCAGCAGUUUCUUGUGAAUUGAUCCUUGUGGCAGUAAACAGAUUCUUCAGAGCUGUACUCUAUAUUGAGUCAAUACCCGAUACUUUCACCUGGAAAUCUUGUCAAGAUUUCGCGAAAGUUUGUUUGCAGCGUUGAACGGGACAACUUACAGAUGUUACUGAAUUUUUCAGACUAUAUUAUACUAAUUUAUCAAGCUUCUCAUAAUUUUCAAUGAUAAAACAUAGGGGCUCCAAGUUACAGUAUUCGUGUCCCCACAAUUGUACAUAUUCUUUUCAGUUUUCCACCAAGCAGUCCUCGUCACGUGGAGAGUUUAAGCAUUCAUCUUUAUUAAUAAAAUAUAUUCUGAAAA